AUGGAGAGGCAGAGGUCAGGACAGGGGCUGCGCGAGCUCCUCGCGGAUAUGACUGACUGCGACAAGGAUCGAAGGUAUAUGGCCGCAUGCGAUCUCACCGCGCUCGUCGUCGGCGCUCAAGUGGAAGUGGAAUAUACCGUCCAGGACCACGUCGUGCGCGCGCUGCUCAGGCAGCUCGAAGAUUCCUCCAUCGACGUUCAGGGAAAUGCCGCGAAGUGUCUGUCAAUGUUCACGGCGCGGCUGAGCGAUGAGCAUCUGGAAAGCGUCCUCCUGCAGUUGAUUCGCGCGGCGCUUGACCGACAUAGCGCAGUUCGCGACAUAUACGCCGCCUGCCUCAAAUGUGUCAUUGGAGAGCUGCCGGAUACCUCGUCGGUCACCUUCGCAGCAAGCGUGUUACCAGAGUUGAAACGGGCGCUGGCGACGGCCGCGCGGCAGCCGCGGGGCUCCGAGGAGGAGGCCCUGGAGAUUUUCACAGAGACGCUGCGGCGCUUCCGCUCUCGAGCGGAAAUGUGGCGCCGCGCGGGCGAGGACUUUCUGGGUCCGGUGCUUGACAUUCUGAAGAGUUCGACGCUUCCGCUGGCCGUUCAAAAGAAGGCGCUGACGUCCUUGGGGCCUCUCGCCGUCGUGCUUCCGUCGACGUCAAGGCACUCGCUGUUCCGCUUCCUGCUGGCUGAGGUUUCGUCGCCUUCGGCUGCUGCCGCGUUCUCUUCAUUUCUCUUUGCUCAAGCUCUCGCGCACGUCGUGCGGCACCUGGAGGCGGCGGCCCUGGCGCCGUACGUCGACAAGCUCGCGGUGUUUUUUUUCUCCCUCAUCAGCAAGCAGCUGGACGAGGCCGCCGCAGGCGACGACGCGGAGGUCCGCAGGCCCAUUGGCAGCCCGCAGAGCGCGGCGGGGGCGGCAUUCUGCUCGCCAGAAGCGCGGCACGAAGUCGUGGAGCUGUCGCUUGCGUCGCUCGAGGCGUUUUUUUUGCGGUGCCCUGAUGCCAUGGCUACGCACGCGGACGCACUCGACCCGCUCCUGCAGCGCCUGCUGGCCUACUUCCCCAACGUCUACGCGCACUCGGAGGCUGACCGCGACGGCCGCGAGAACUUUGAGGACGAGGAAACCCUCGGUUUCGAAAAGGACUUUGAUUUCAACGAUGAAGAGCAGGACGACGACUCCUCCUGGAGAGUCCGCAAGGGCGCCCUCAAGGUUUUGCGGGCACAGGCUCAGGCGUUUCCUGAGCGGGAGGCGAUUUUUUAUGAAAAGUUUCUUCCGGCGCUGCUCCAGUCGACGCGCGACCAGGACGAGACGUUGCAGUACGAAGCUCUGGAGACCCUCGACGAGGUGCUGCGCGCCUCCCUGCGCUGUCAGUGCCACGAUAUCGUUGCCCUGCCGACCUCUCCGUCUUCAUCAGCGUCGCCUUUUUCUGCGUCGCCAGCGCCUGCGGAGGACAGGGGGGGACGCGAGGCGCAGUCGCGGUCUCUGAAGCGCAUCCGACUUACUGCCAAGCCCCUCGAGCGCGCGCUGCCUUCGAUUUUGGCGGCGCUGCAGCGGGUGCUGGCGACGUCGCGGUGUGUGCGCCUGCGUUUGGCGUGCCUGGGCGCGCUGCAAAACGCACUGUUCGCAGUUCCGGAGGACGUUAUGCUUGCGCUGCCUGAGUGGCGCAAGCUCGUGCUCGCGUCACUGCGCGACGUGUCGAACGGCUCCGUGCGGCUGGCGGCUUUGCAGGUUGUCUCGGCCUUCUUGCUGGCGCACCCGGGGUUGCGGGCUUCGAGUCCCGCCUCUGCGACGCCCCACUCGUCGCCGGCGCGGCGAGGGAGCGCCGGUGCCGGGAGGGGCGGCCGCUUCCUGGCGAGUCUCUUCCCCUCGUUUUUCGCGUCCUUCUCCUGCUCGUCGCUGGGAGACGGCGGCGAGCGAGGACGCCUGAUUCUCCGCGAAGAGGGCGGCCGCGAAAUCGUCGCGGCUCGCCGGAAGGAAGGAGCGACGGCGCUGCUGGCGCACCUCGUCGACCCGCGCCUCGUCGCCCAGGCGUGCCCGCACGCUCUCGAGAGAGAGGAUCACGGCGACGGCGACGACGCGCUGAAGGCCCUGCAUGCGGGCUUCGCGUGCUCGCCGCCCGUGGCCUCGGGGCGAGAGUGCCCGCGGAAACCCUCGCACGGAACCCUGCACGGCCUGGCGCACCCUCACAGCCACCGCCCCGGGAAUGGGAAAGUGCGUGUGGAGGAAGCGGCGCUCAGCGAGCGCGAAGAGCCCGACGACGCAGACUGGGAGAUGGAGGAAGAAGAGGCGCGCGAUAAACUCGCGUGGCGGAAGAAGGAAGAGUUCUUCCUCGACCUGCUCCCUGCAGUCCUCCUGCUGACCCAAGACCCUCAGUACCAAAUCGCGGGCCAGGCGCUCCUCGUCACCGGACACGCCAUUGCGUUCCUUCGUCUCGCGCGCGAGACAGGAGGCGACGAGGCGAGUACGAGCUCUGGGCCUGUGUCUCUGCCGUCCUUCGUUGGACAGGCGCUCGAGGUCCUCAGGAACGUUUUAUCGGUGGCGAACAUCGAUCAAGAUGUCAAGCGCGCGUCGCUGAUUUGCUUCGGUUUCGUCGUCGCUGCCGGCGGAGAGUUCCCGCAAGCGCAGCCGUUCCUUACCCAGUGCUGGCCGCCGUUCAUCGACCGCAUCAAAAAUGAAGUCACUCGGCAAACAGGCUUGGAGGCGCUGGAGGUCGUUUUGUUGUCGCACGCGAGUCUGGAUCUGGUGCCGCACGUGGAGGCGCUCGUCGGCUCGCUCGUCGCGUUCCUAUCGCUGCAGCAGGAAGCGCGGGCGACGCGCCAGGCCUGCCUGGAGAUUCUCUCGGCUCUCGUCGUGCGCUACGGGAAGCAAUUCUCCAAUGAUGCGCUGGCGACCAUGAUCAGGGCGCUCGCUCAGCAGCUGACUCCCGCGGACGUGACCUUCAGCGAGGCCUGCCUUUUGCUUCUUCUCCUCGCCCUGCGAAAUCAGCCGGAGGCCUCUGCGCGCCUCGCGCGCGACGUCAUUUUCCCGCAUCUCUUUCUCCUCUUGCGCUCGCCCCUGUUGGACGGUCCAGUGUUGAACGCUGCGUUCCAGUGCCUCUUCGUCUGCCACGCGCAGUUUCCGCAGGUCUUUGACCGUGAGCAGAUUUUUCAGGAGCUCGGUGACGUCGAGGCCGUCCUCGGCGUGGCAGCGGAGGCGGAGAAACUGGCGCAGACGACUUCUCGUCUUGCCGCGCGAGCGGACCUUUCGUGCGCCUUCGCCGCGCCGUCGUUUGUCUCUUCGAAACCCUCUGCGGUCGCCCCUGUGCUGUCUGCGUCUUCGGCGGUUCCGGCCGCUCUUCUGGGAUCGCUCGGUACGCUCGCGCGGAGUCGCGCGGUCGUCGUUGCGGCCGCAGGCGACCCCGACUUUUCCCAGAAAAAACUCGAACAGGAAGUCAAGAUUCUGAGUGAGGCGGGUAGACACGCUCAGCCACUGAUGGGUCCGGACCUCGCGCGAUUUCUGCUCGCGCUUCUGACCGCAGGAGAAAUUGGGCGCUUGGCUCGUCUGGCGCGCGUCCCGGCUGCGGUGGCUGAGGAGGCGUACAACGCCGUCGCGGCGCUCGUUGAGAGCUCGUCGGACUCGCUGUCUCAGCGCAUCGCCGCGCGGGCUCUCGGCGCGCUCGUGUCCGGCGACCUGGCUUGCUUCUUGCUCGCGCUCGUGUCUCUGAUUGAGCGUGCUCACCGCGUCGACGAGCCUGCGGAGACACUUGUGGGCCCAGACGGGCCUGCGGCGGCGGCAGGGCGCCGCUGCAAGCAAUACGUCGUGCUCUCGGCGCUGCGAGACGCACUCGCGCCGCCCGAGCCGUUCCUGCGCGUGCUUACUGAGGGCAGAGACAGCGGAGAUCCCGAAAAGCGCUCGCGGGAAGGCGACGGCGAAGUCGUCAUGAGUGAAGCGGAACACGAGGAGCGAGACGCCUGCCACGCGGGGCUCCUAGCCGAUCUCAUGCGCCCGCACAUCCAGACCGUGUUGCCGUUGUUAACCCAGCUGAGCGCGUGUACAGAGGAGUGCGACCGCUGCGUGGUGUCGGAGUGCUUCGGUGCCCUGCUUCGCCUCGACCCGCCGGCCGUCAUGCCCACGCUCCUCCUUCUAUUGCAGUCGAGCAACGCCGACUCACGACGCACGGCCCUUGGAUGCAUGCGACACCUCGCGGCGUCGCGGGCGCUGCUCGACGAGAAGCAGCGGGAGGCGAUAAAGGCUCCUUUUCUUGCGUGCCAAGCGCAUCCGGACUCUGCGGUGCGUCGAGACUUCAUGGCAGCUCUGCAGGCGCUCGCGGGGCUCCCAGACGGCGAAUGGACAUACCGCUGGUUUUCGCGCGACGAGCUGCAGCAGAUCUUCGAAGCGCUUGCGGCGGAAAUCGACGUCAAGCCCGAGCUCAUUCGGCAAGUGGACCUCGGGCCUUUCCGCCACACAGUGGACGAGGGUCUGCCGCUGCGGAAAGCGGCCUACGCGCUUCUGCGGGCGCUGCUCAGGUCGUCGACGUCGCCCGCCGCGGCCGCCGCGCCGGUGGCGCUCGAGGAGGCAGUCCCGCGCGAGCGUCUGAUUGAGUUCGCAGUGAAGGGCUUGAGCGACGAGAACGAAGACACAACCGUCCUCGCCGCAGCGAUUGUGUCGCAGCUCGCGGCGCCAGUCACCACAGCCGCGAAAACCAGCAAGCGCCGCGUGACCUCGCGGCAGGCCGCGCUCAUUGUCAGUUUGGCGGACGCGGCCGCGGGGCCUCUGGAGCAUCUGGUGAGCCGCGCGGCGGCGUCUCUCCAGCGGCAUAGAGCCGCGCUCGUCGGCGCGUCCGCGGAGGGCAUCGCGACGGCGGCUGAGACGGCGGAGCGUCAGAUGAAUCUGCUCCGCGUCUGGAUUCGCUGCAUGCACCAUCUCGACGUGGCUUUCCAGGCUUCUCGGGGCCGCGAGGCGCGGGCCGCAGGCGCCGGCAAGGGCAAGGAGGUCUGCGCCGAGGCGCAGGCGAAAGCCGCGGCGGCGAAGGCGUUUCCCGCGAUGAAGAAAGUCCACGACGAGAGCGGCGGCGUGUCGUACUACAUCGUGGAUGACGUCAGCCAGCGGCCGGCACCGAAGAAGGAGGAGGGGCGCGCAGAUGCGACCGCCGCCCGCCCCGGCGCCCUCUGGGAAGAGGCGCUGGCGCGCGAGCUCCAAAACCCGAUUUUGCUGCAGGUCUGGCAGCACGUGAGGAAGGGCGAAGAAGGCGACAGCCUCGGCGGCGCUGGUCGCAGAUGA